GCACUUCCCACCAAGGUGGCUAUUCCCAUGAGGCAGUGGUCCAUGCAUUGCAGCACUGUGGCAUUCGUCACAUCGACACAGCAAAAAGAUAUGGCUGUGAAUGUCUCCUGCAAAGGGCCAUCAGAGAGAGCGGCGUGAAGCGAGAGGACCUCUGGAUAACCACCAAGCUGUGGCCCAGUGAUUAUGGCUAUGAGAACACACACAAGGCCUGCUUGGAGUCAUGUGAAAGGCUUGGUGUUGAGUAUCUUGAUCUUUAUUUAAUGCACUGGCCUGAUACACAUGUUCCAGGCAAAAGCAACCGAGAGGUCCGAGCUGAAACCUGGCGAGCGAUGGAAGAGCUCUAUGAGAAAGGUUUGUGUAGAUCAAUUGGUGUCAGCAACUUUCUUAUCAGCCAUCUUGAACAACUGAAGGAAGACUGUGUGAUUACUCCACAUGUUAAUCAGGUUGAAUACCACCCUUUCCAAAGACCUCAGGAGCUGGUUGAUUAUUGUAGGAGCAGAGAUAUUGUUUUUGAAGGCUACUGUCCUUUAGCCAAAGGUGAAGCACUCACUCAUCCUACUGUCAUUUGGCUGGCAAAGAAAUACAGCAGAACUCCAGCACAGAUUUGCAUACGCUGGAGUAUACAGAAUGGCAUUGUCACUAUUCCAAAGUCCACAAAGGCAGAAAGGAUAGAGGAAAACUGCAAGGUGUUUGAUUUUACUAUAGCAGAAGAUGAUGUUGACAUUCUGAAUGGAAUGCAUGAUGGGAGACAUGUUUCCUGGGAUCCAACCCUUAUUGUGUGA